GGUGGGAGAGUUUGUCAAAACUCACCGUUUUGACUGAAACGAAUUCUCCCUUCUCCCUUCUCGUUGCGUUCCCUUCUCCCUAACCCUAAUACAAUCGACAUCCCUCCCUUCCUGAAACCAGCAACGGAGAACAUCACGAAACGGAAGGAAGCACACACACGAAGGGGACGAAAGCGAUUUCAAUUUUCGCAACUGCUUUCAAUGCUAUCACAGAAGUUUGAUGUCCAACAUACUGGUGCUACAAAAGGAAAGAAUAACAGUAAAAAGGAAGCUGCAUUAUGACCCCCCGGUUCCAGCCCCUGUUUUAAACCGAAAGGAGAGGAUUUACAAUAAAGCAGAAGCCACCUUGCGGAAACCUGCUCCAAUCUUUGACUUAAACCAGAAGGCUAGAACUUUCAGUAGAAAGGAAGCUACUUUGCAAGGUUCUGCACCAAUAUUUGACAUGAACCAAAAGGAAAGGAUCUACAGUGGAAAAGAUGCUACCAAGCGACACAUUACUCUAGUUUUUGACUUGAACCAGAUUUUGACAGAUGAUAAAUUGCUUCAAAAGAGGGCGAAUGAGAUUGAGAAGAGAGAGAUGGUGCUUUUGGACCAACAAGUUGAAAUAAAGCGUUCACGCACAUUACUCUGGCUGUAUUGGGCUUUUGUAGUUGUUGUGUCAUGUUCUUUUUUUUUGUAAAUUAUUAGAAACAUGUACAAAAAUCAAUGUGACUCAUGUUCCUUUUUUUGUAAAUUAUCAGGAACAUGUCCAAAAUUCAAUGUGACCCAUGUUCCUUUUUUUUUUUGUAAAUUAUUAGGAACAUGUGCAAAA